UUAUCAACAAUUUCCUGGUAACUUCCUUCUCACCAAGAAAAAGCAAAGACCUUAUUUUCUCUCUUUCUUUCAGGAUAUUUUCAACAACAAUGGAGAAAUCUGACAUAGAGAGUGGUGUAGUGAUCGGUGGUAAAGAACUUUAUCCUAAGAUGACGGAGAGCCCCGAGCUUCGCUGGGCUUUCACAAGGAAGGUUUACGCCAUCUUGACUCUGCAGCUGAUCGUGACAGUAGGAGUCUCCUCCGUCGUUUUCUUCGUAGGCGAGAUAUCUGUCUUCAUCACGACAACCACAUCCGGCCUUGUCGUCUUCUUCGUCUCGCUCCUUCUUCCUCUCCUCAUGCUGUGGCCACUGAUUGUGUUCGCCAAGAAGCAUCCCGUAAACCUCAUAAUCUUAAUGCUCUUCACUCUCUCCAUCUCUUUCGCCGUGGGACUUUGCUGCUCUUUUUCAAAAGGGAAGAUUGUUCUGGAGGCCGCGGUUCUCACAGCUACAAUGGUCGUGGGGUUAACUAUAUACACUUUCUGGGCAGUAAGGAGAGGCCAUGACUUCUCUUUCCUUGCACCGUUCCUCUUCGGAUCCCUCCUUACCAUCCUCGUCUUCGCUACGAUACAGGUAUUCCAUCCUCUGGGGAAGCUAUCGUCGAUGAUAUUCAGCUGUGUAGCUUCAGUCUGUUUCUGCGGUUACAUCAUCUACGACACAAAUCAGCUGAUCAAGAAACUCAACUACGAUGAGUAUAUCCAUGCUGCUAUUUCUCUUUACCUGGACGUCAUCAAUCUCUUCCUCAAUCUCGUUGGUAUUCUCGUCCAUACUUAGUGAUUUGAUGCACACAUCCUAUCUGUUAAUGUCCUCAUCAUGGGUUAUUUAGAACUAGUUCCAGACACAAAACUUUAUAAGGCUGGUUUAUGCUAUUUGCUCUUAAUGAUUGGUUACAUAUAUAUAUAUAUAUAUUUUGUAAAGAUUA